AUGGCCAAAAGUUUUACAUCUCUCCUUCCUUUGCUGCUUCUCAUCCAAAUUUGCUCCUCCAAAUCCGAUGGCAUCGCCGUUUACUGGGGUCAGAACGCUGAUGAAGGCAAUCUUAGAGAAACAUGUGCAGUAGGAAUAUACUCUUUUGUACUGAUUGGCUUCCUUACGGUGUUUGGGAAUGGCAAAACCCCUCAACUCAACCUCGCAGGUCACUGUGACCCUUCUUCAUCAUCUGGGUGCACCAGCAUUGGCACGGAGAUCAAAUAUUGUCAACGGCAAGGGGUCAAGGUAAUGCUCUCUCUUGGAGGAGGAUCUGCGGGUUAUUCUUUAUCUUCCUCAAAGGAUGCUCAAAAUGUUUCUGAUUACCUAUGGAACAAUUUCUUAGGCGGAAGCUCAUCUUCACGUCCACUUGGAGAUGCCACAUUGGAUGGCAUUGAUUUUGACAUAGAGAAUUCGGGGGAAUACUGGGAGGACCUUGCAAUUUACCUCAACUCACAUGGCACUGAUAGCCAGAAAGUGUACUUAUCUGCAGCACCUCAAUGCCUAUUUCCUGAUGCUCAUCUUGGCACUGCCAUUGAUAAAGGCGUUUUUGACUAUGUCUGGGUAAAAUUCUAUGACAAUUCUCCCUGCCACUACUCAGAAGCUAAUACCAAUGCGUUUUUCAAUGCAUGGAACCAGUGGGCGACAUCACUAAAUGGGUCAAAAAUAUUCCUGGGUUUGCCAGCAUCUCCGGAAGCAGAGGCAGGUGGCUAUGUUCCUCCUGAUUUGUUAAACUCUAAGGUACUUCCCACUGUAAAGAAGUCACCUAACUAUGGAGGUGUGAUGUUGUGCUCGAGGUACUCAGAUAGAUUGAACGGAUAUAGCAAUGCAAUGAUUUCCAUGGUGUACGGCAAAGCCAAAAGAAACAAGAAACAUGGGAUGGAAAGGAAUGAGGUUGAAAUUUUCAGUUUUGAGUGCAUCGUGGUUGCCACAAACAAUUUCUCAGAUUCCAACAAGCUAGGAGAGGGCGGUUUUGGUCAUGUAUAUAAGGGGACACUAAUCGAUGGGCAGGAAGUUGCAAUAAAACGACUAUCUAAAAGUUCUGGACAAGGAGUUACAGAAUUCAAAAAUGAGGCUAAACUUAUGGCUAAACUGCAGCACACUAACCUUGUGAGGCUUUUGGGGCUCUGCAUCGAAAGAGAUGAAAGAAUUAUAGUUUAUGAGUACUUGCCUAACAAAAGCUUGGAUUUCUACAUUUUUGAUGCAAGCAGAAGAAAUGUACUAGAUUGGGAAAAACGAUUUAGCAUCAUCGAAGGAAUUGCCCAAGGACUUCUUUAUCUACACAAAUAUUCAAGACUAAGAGUCAUACAUCGUGACUUGAAGGCAAGCAAUAUAUUACUCGAUGAAGAAAUGAAUCCUAAAAUAUCUGAUUUUGGCACGGCUCGAAUAUUUGGAUUAAGAGAAUCUGAAGAAAACACAAAUAGAGUAGUCGGUACACGUGGCUACAUGGCUCCAGAGUAUGCAAUUAAUGGCAUUGUUUCAAUCAAAACAGACAUAUUCAGCUUUGGGGUGUUGCUAAUAGAGAUUCUUAGCGGCAAAAAGAAUAACAGUCGAUUUGAUUUAGAUCGUCCUCAUAAUCUAAUAGGAUAUGCAUGGAAGCUCUGGAAUGAAGGUAGAGUUUUAGAGCUAAUGGACUCAGGAUUAGAUGAACCGAGCGUGCAAAACAAAGUGCAGAGAGGAAUUCAUAUUGGCCUCUUGUGCGUUCAAGAUCAAGCAAAAGACAGGCCUUCCAUGUUAGAUGUAAUUUCUUUUCUGUCAAAUGAUUCUAUUCAACUUGCUAAACCAAAGCAGCCAGCAUACUUUAUCGGUGACGUCGAGGAAGAGUCUGAGCUACAUAACAUCAGGCAAGAACAUUAUUCCACAAAUUAUGUCACAAUCUCUGAUCUAGAUGGUAGAUAACUGGUCCCUUAUGUACACACUAUGAUUGGUGCAUUUCAUUUUCUCUAUUUAGAGAUCGAUUUAUGCUUUCUGAUUACUUGCUGAUGAAAAUGGAGUGUUUUAGGCUUGUAACAUCACUUUAGUUGUGAGAAUUUUUUAUGUUUCUUUCAUUUGGGGAAAAUUUCUCCAUGGUUGUUUACCAAUAAGAAGACGUCUUUUAGUCCAGAUUCUGAAUGGUAUUGAAGCUCUUGAUUUUUGUUAAUAAAGUCAGCAGAAGUAUCAGAUUUCUUACAA